AUGGAGUGGAGAUCAAAGGAGGCUGAAGAGCUCUACAAGACAAGUGCACAAUGGGGGUGGGAGGAGGAAGGCAAAACCCGCAAGCCAAAACUACUUCUGAACACUUUUAUUGAUCACCUGAAGAGCAUUGGAAUGAUUGGCUAUGAGACAUGGCAUGCUGACUUUCUGGAAUUCCAACCGCCGCUCGGUAUUUAA